AUGGAGGGCACGGCAGGUGGAGGAGGCGGCACCUGUGGGGGAGAAGGCGAGAGGCUGAGCGACCAACAGAAGCUGCAGGUCCUCCGCCGGGAGUUCCUCAAACUGCGCGAGGAGCACACCCAACUCCAGAGCCAGCUCGCCGAGUUCUCCAAACUCAAAGCCAAAGUCAGACUGCUGGGGCUGAUCCAGGAGGACCGGCGGGUGCUGACCGAGGAGCUGGUGGCGUCCAACGAAAAGAUCGCGGAGCUCGUGCACGAGAACGAGCUUCUCAAGGAAUCCAACAACGAGCUGUCGAUCGAAAACAAGAAGAUGAAGGAGCAGGCGCUCAAGCUCAACCAGUACCUCGACUCGGCCGUCGACGACCUCAAGCAAUCCACAGUGCGAGCAAGUCGCAGCCUACAGGCCAACGAAAACGAUCAGCUCUAUCAGAAGCGAUUCUGCCUUCCCGACACGGAGCCGUUGAUCGCAAGUUAUUCGUGUUUCGAUUCGAAGAUGCGGGGAGGCAAGCUCUACCUCUCCCCCAACUACCUCUGCUUUGGCACCCACUUUUCCCGCAUCCUGGGUGAUGGUGAUACGAUCAUCAGGUUGAAGGACGUCAGGCACGUCCGCAAGGAGAAGAUCUUCCAGCUGGGCAAGGGCGGCGGCAAAUCGCUCCACUUCGUCCUGUCCGACACCGAGGUGGUCCUGUUUCGCGGGUUCGUCAACCGGGACAAGGCCCUCGACAACAUCCUCGAGCAGGCCAAGCGGUUCGGCGCCACCCUCCUCGACAACUAG